AUGUCUAUUAAUCAACAACUCCAACAGCCAGCUCAAUUGAAUCUGAAUAAUUUUUUACAUAAUUUAGCUAACCAAAUUGCUGCUUUACAGAAUUCUAUUUCAACUGCUUAUACAACUCCGACAGUUUUUCAUUUUCACUAUAGUUUUCCUGGUACCCCAAAUCUUAAUUUUGCUAGUUCGAAUGAAAUAGCUAAGGCCUUGAAAAUUAAUAAUUGGCUACCCGUGAUUAAUAAUAAUCCUGGUGUUAAUAAUAAUAAUAAUCCUACUCUUAAUAAAAAUGAUCAGCAAGAAACCUUUCAAGUAUUAUUAACAUUAAUGAAUAAUAAUUCAGACCUCUUUAAUAAUGCAGGAAAUCAAGCUUUGUAUUUAGGAAUUCCUGAUGAUGAGUCAUUAUUUUUUCUAGCUGAUAGGCCAAUUUAUCCAAAACCUAUAGCGAAUACACUGAUUCGUAAAAAAAGGCCAACUGGAUUGAAAAUAACUGAUUUAAUCGAUCUUAAAGAAACAGAAGGUGAUAAAGAUUCUGAUAUUAAAAUAGACCAAGAAUUGCCAGACCCAGUUGUUCAAGAUCAAGAGAAGAUUGAUUUAGCUGAGUUAUGUGAUACUAGUAAAGUUGAAUUACCUAAAGUGAAUAAAAAAGAUGAUAUGAAAGUAGUUUAG